GUUGUCUUCCGGGUGUUUCCAAACAUACAGUGAUUCGUGGCAGUUUUGUUUCGUUAUUUUCGGAGUGUUCUGAGUUAUUAAGCUUGUUGAAACUUGCUACGAACGAUGUAUCGACAAAAUUAUCCAGGGGACCCGGGUAUGCACAACAUGAACAUGGGAGAUGCAGACUCGACCACCCGAGUGUCGUAUCGGAAUAAUCCCGGAUUCCUGCAACGCAUCAGUGACAGUCUGAUGGGCAUUGGGGUUGGGUUGGUUCUUAUUGUGGUGGCAUGUGGACUUCUCUAUUGGAAUGAGGGGCGGGCCGUGUACACUGCACAUUCCCUUGAUGAGGGACUGAAGGUGGUCCUCCCUCUGAAGAACACUGACACACCUUUCAAAGAAAAUGAUGGGAAAUUGGUUCACCUGAAUGCUCAGCUUAAAACCAAAGAGCAUCUGACAGAUAACAUGUACAAUGUGGCGAUUUUGGCCGUCAAGCUUAAGAGAGAAGUGCAGUUGUACCAAUGGGUUGAGCAUGAGAAAAGAACGGAAAUUAAUGAAGGUGACAAAACAAGAAUUGAGACAACAUACUCUUACUCAAUGGAGUGGAAGUCCGAGGUUGUUAAAAGUUCAUCCUUCGCUAAACCGGGAGGUCAUCACAAUCCUAAUUCGUUUGCUGUUGAGUCUGUGGAGAGAGUAGCACCAGGUGUAAGGGCUGGAGCAUUCGUUCUUUCCAAAAACUUGAUUGACAAGAUCUCUGUAUUCCAUGAUGUACGACCGGGCAAAACUCCUGAACAUCCUGGAGUGAAGGUCAUUGACGGAGGGUUCUUCCAUGGUGAGAAUCCGCUUCAACCCAAGGUCGGGGAUCUGAAGGUCAGGCUACUGUAUGCUGGAUUGACGGAGGAAAACUCUGAGUAUGGGCCACCGGAUAGGGUGAGCAUCAUCGCCAAACAAGAUGGUGCCUAUCUGAAGGAAUACAACACUCAUGCUGGUAACGACCUGGAGAUCCUCUACAUGGGAGACCUAUCAACGAAGGAGAUCUUUGACCGCGAACAUGCAUCUAAUAACAUGAUGACGUGGGGAAUCCGAUUCGGAGGCUGGGUGCUCAUGUUCAUCGCGUUCCAGUGUCUGACAAGUCUUCUUACAACACUUGUUGACUGGGUGCCCCUCCUCCGAGAUCUGGUGGCCAUGAGUGUGUUGAUGAUGAAUGUCUGCCUGGCCAUCAGCUUGUCGCUGACGGUCAUCGCGAUUGGUUGGAUACGAUACCGACCUUUGUUGGCACUUGCUCUAUUGCUCGCGGCGGCGACCCCUCUCAUCAUAUCGAAGAAACGUGCUUCUGAUCGGCGGAGCAGAAUGGACUAAUUAUGUUGCUGAGCUAUGGUUGUUUAUUUCUCAAGAGUGACGACAAGAUAUUACAAGAGUCCCUUUGACUUGUAGUGGUAGUUUAUUUGGUGAUGGGUAAUACCAGGAGUGAAACGUGUGCUGCAUGACUUGCCCAAUAACAGAGGAACACAAUAAGAUAGUGUUGUGCUGCAAGUAACUGUUUAACACUUUUAUGUGUUAUUUGCUCAAGAUGGUUGACUGUUAGUAAUGAGUAUGUAGAAUUUCAGUGCCAGAAGUAACAGAAUAACAAUGAACUAGUUUUGAAAAUUACUUUUAGCAGUGGAUAGAUGGUUGUGUUAGGUAUUUGUAAAUGAAGUGCAUAGGAAAGGGAUGUCCAGUCAAUUGUUAUUCCACCAAAUGGCCAGGAACAAUGAAUUGAUGAAUACUCUUGAUCUUAUUUUGGAGUUUUUGAUCAGAUUUUGAGACUUUGUGUUGUGCUUUUGAAACCUUAGGAAAUCCUUUCAUGUCUCAAAGUCAUGAUUAAUAACUGUAUGCUUAUCAUUGGUUGGGUUAGUGAUUUCCUCCUAGAGCUAAUGGUUUUGCUGUUACAAUGGUGACAAAAACUGUAUUAUUCCCAGUGCUAAUGCAUUUUCUAGUCGUAUCAGAAUGAAAGAUACAGCUUGUUUGAUCUCUUCAUGUAACUAGAGUAGAAUCUUCCCAUUAAUGCCGUCCCUCAGUUGGCAGGGUCUGUCCCCAAUCAUAUGCAGGUCACAUCGAAUGGAAAUGAUACCACUUUAGACUUGUAUUGGUGUCAUUACUAGAUAGAGUGUCCUCUAUGAGAGGUUCCAAUAGUAUGUAUUAUAGCCCAUCGACAACUACAUUCCAUGACAUGUCAGUGAUUAGACAGCCUUCUCGGCCAUUAUUGGGACUGACAUACUUUCAGCCGUGUCGUAGUGUCAUACUGUCGGUGACGGAAGAGUCUAAUGAAAUUAUAAGUUGUGUGACGUUUCCAUCACCCAAUAGCUGAAAAAGGAACUGGUAAAUACUGGUAAAAAAUAAUACAUGUGUAUGUGUUUGCAUGUUAAUGCUUCUAACAAUUUCAAAUAUCCAAGGUGCAGAACAGUGUCGAGCUGUGACACUGUUGUCUUCAUUGUGUACUUUUCAGAAAGUACUACAUUAACUCAGCACUGAUGGGUGGGUGCACUUGAACAGGACUCUUUUGCCUGGAAAGAUGUGCCACAGGAAUGCCAAUGGAUUGAUUGAUUGAUGGUUGUGACGGGACACAAACGUAAAGACAACGAAAUGUCGCCAAUUUGUAAAUAUUUCCUCAAGCUGUGAAAGUGGUUAAAUAAUAUAUUACUCUGUAAUAAAGAUAU